AUGGAUCUGAACAGUGCCAGCACCGUUGUGUUGCAGGUCUUGACACAAGCAGCCAGCCAAGAUUCCUCCGUACUGAAACCCGCUGAGGAGCAACUCAAGCAGUGGGAGACACAGCCUGGCUUCUACAGCGUCCUGCUGAAUAUUUUCACAAAUCAUUCCUUGGAUGUCAAUGUAAGAUGGUUGGCUGUCUUAUAUUUUAAGAAUGGGAUUGAACGCUACUGGAGGAGGGUGGCACCAAAUGCUCUGUCAGAGGUGGAGAAAUCGGCCCUGCGAGCGGGACUCAUCACCAACUUCAAUGAGCCAGUAAAUCAGAUUGCUACUCAGAUUGCGGUUUUAAUAGCUAAAGUGGCAAGGCUUGAUUGUCCCAAGCAGUGGCCUGAACUUAUCCCAACUCUCGUUGAAUCCCUAAAAGUUCAAGAUGAUCUUCGUCAGCACAGAGCAUUGCUUACUUUUUAUCAUGUGACCAAGACUUUGUCUUCCAAAAGACUUGCAGCAGAUAAGAAGCUCUUUCAAGGCCUAGCUUCAGAGAUCUACACUUUUGCCUGCAUCUUGUGGAAUCAUCAUGCCGACACGUUCCUGCAACAGAUCUGCUCUGGUGGGGACCCGGCUGCUAUUAGCUCAAUGGAAAGAGCCGCGCUGUCGCUAAAAGUUCUUCGUAAACUGACUGUUCAUGGCUUUACAGAACCUCACCAGAAUGCAGAGAUUAUGGUUUUUCUUCAUGCAGUAUUUGAUCGUCUGAGGCAGUUCUUGGAGUGCAGCAGAGGUAUUGGAGCUGAACAUGUUUGCAGGGAAAGGAUUGAGAAGAUUAUCAUUCUAUUUACCAAAGUGCUCUUAGAUUUCCUGGACCAGCAUCCAUUCUCUUUCAUUCCGUUAAUUCAGAAAGCGUUGGAGUUUGCUGUAAGCUAUGUCUUCACAGAGGCUGGAGACGGAGUUGUGUUUGAACGUUUCAUAGUUCAUUGCAUGAGACUCAUUAAGAUGAUUGUGAAGAAUAAUUCCUUUAAACCAUCAAAAAACUACGAAGACAGCAAGCCAGAAACAAUCAAUGCUCACCAGAUAAAGAUGUCAUUCUUCACUUACCCCACUCUAACGGAGAUAUGCCGCAGGCUUGUCACCCACUAUUUUGUCCUCCAUGAGGAAGAGCGAGCAAUGUGGGAGGAGGACCCAGAGGGUUUUGCAGUGGAGGAGAGCGGCGGGGACUCUUGGAAAUACAGUCUGAGGCCGUGUUCAGAGGUGCUGUUUAUCGACAUCUUUCAUGAAUAUAGCCAGACUCUGAUGCCUGUACUCUUAGAAAUGGUUCAUACUCUUCAAGGUCCAACUCCAAUAGAAGAUUUGAAUGCUCUAUUAAUUAAAGAAACUGUUUACAAUGCCGUGGGACUGGCUGCAUAUGAAUUAUUUGACAGUGUGGACUUCAAUGAGUGGUUUAAAAAUCAGCUGCUAGGAGAACUGCAAAUUACCCAUGAUAGGUAUAAGUUGUUACGUCGGAGAGUAAUUUGGUUAAUUGGACAAUGGGUCUCUGUAAAAUUCAAAGCUGAUUUAAGACCAUCGCUGUAUGAAGCAAUUCUAAAUUUGCUGCAAGACCAAGACUUAGUAGUUCGCAUUGAGACAGCAACCACCUUGAAGCUUGCAGUUGAUGAUUUUGAAUUCCGAACCGAACAAUUUCUACCGUAUCUAGAAUCAUUGUUUCAACUACUUUUCCAACUACUUCAGCAAGUUACAGAAUGUGACACAAAAAUGCAGGUUCUCCAUGUGCUGUCGUGCGUCAUAGAGAGGGUCAAUGUUCAGAUCCGGCCCUUCGUUGGUUGCCUAGUCCAGUACCUACCUCUGCUAUGGAAACAAAGUGAAGAGCACAAUAUGCUACGAUGUGCUAUACUAACAACACUAGUUCAUCUAGUAAAGGGCUUAGGUGGAGACAGCCAGAAUUUAUAUCCAUUCCUGCUUCCUGUAAUUCAACUGAGCACAGACGUGUCCCAGCCACCACACAUCUACCUCCUGGAAGAUGGCCUGGAAUUAUGGUUAGCAACACUGGAAAAUUGUCUUUCAGUUACCCCUGAGCUUCUUCGGAUCUUCCAAAAUAUGUCUGCUUUACUAGAACUAAGCUCUGAAAACCUCAGAAUUUGCUUUAAGAUACUUAACGCCUAUAUUUUCUCCAUGUCCUCAGAGUUCCUACAGAUUUACGCAGCUGGUCUCUGCCAGUCUUUCCUUGAAAUUUUGAAGGACAUAACUGUUGAAGGUCAAGUUCAAGUGCUGAAGGUGCUUGAGAAUAUCCUAAUGGUUUACCCCGACGUUGGCCCACAGAUGUUUCAUGCCCUUUUACCCCCAGUGUUUAGGGGUAUUCUUGAGGGAGAGAGGUAUCCAGUUGUUAUGUCAACAUACCUUGGAGUUCUUGGUCGUGUCCUGCUACAAAACAAAAUUUGCUUUUCCUCGCUGUUAAAUCAAAUGUCACAGGAAUGUAAUCAGGAGGCCAACAUAGUACUUGGUAAUGCAAUUGAAAUGUGGGUGGAUCGAAUGGAUAACAUUACACAGCCUGAGAGAAGAAAACUUUCUGCCCUUGCUGUUAUUUCUUUGCUGCCUUCAGUUGACAGUGUUGUCCAAGAUAAAUUUUGUGCGAUCAUUAACAUUUGUGUGGAAAGUCUACAUGAUGUAAUGACAGAGGAUCCAGAAACAAAUACCUUCAAAGAUUGCCUGAUAAUGUCACAUAUUGAACCUCAGGACACCCAGUUGAAAGAAGAUGAUGAACCCCCUACUGAACAAGAUAAGAGAAAGAGAAUAAUCGCUCUGAGGGACCCAGUACACGCAGUGUCACUACAGCAGUUUGUCUAUGAAAAGCUAAAAGCACAGCAGGAAUUGCUGGGGGAUGAAGGAUUCCGAUCUCUAAUGGAAACAGUAGACACAGAAAUCGUCAAUCAGCUGCAAGAAUUCUUACAGGGGUUCUGAUAUUACGUACAACAACAUUUGUUACAGAAUUGUUUAAAAAGAGAGACAUAUUUGUUUUGAAGAAAAAUAAUUUUUGCAAAUAGUUGUUUUGGUUUGAUUAAACAUUGAACUAAUUAAAAAAAAAA